CUUCAAGAUAAGGCAUAGCUACUUCCUUCUACUAUUGCAUAUAAUAUCACUCGUCAUAAUGGCUGUGACCUUGAACGUUACCCAUAUUGGUACUGCCACUGCCAUCCUCGAGAUAAAUGGGGUUAGCAUGAUCACCGAUCCCUUCUUCUCACCCGCCGGCACCAAGUUCGAUGUCUCAGAAUCCGUCGCCCUCACUGUAACAGACGACCCUAGCCUUGGCCUUGACCAGCUCCCUAUAAUCGAUGCCGUACUUUUAAGCCACGAAGACCACCCUGACAAUCUCGACGACCUCGGUCGCCGCCUCCUAGACGGACGACGCGUCUUUACCACCGUCGACGGCGCUAAGAACCUCUCUCCACGGCCCGCCGUCCACGGGCUCCAACCAUGGGAGAAGAUGGAAACUCUCAUUGCCGGCAAGAAAUUCCAGGUCAUCGGCACGCCGACCCAGCAUCUCCCCGGAGGCGAAUGCACUGGCUUCAUCAUCACCGGAGAAGGGUUCGGAAGCGGCCGCGACGGCCUUCCCAACGCAAUCUAUUUUUCUGGUGACACGGUCUACGUCGAGGAAUUGAAACAGAUGGCGAACCAGUACCAUGUCUGUGCUGCAGUGUUUAAUCUAGGCAAUGCACAUGCACCCAGCAACGUUGAGGAUCCCAACAGUCCCCUUAUUCAGAUUACCAUGGAUGGCAAACAGGCUGCCAAACUGUUCCGGGAAAUCAAGGCCGAUGUUCUGGUUCCUAUGCAUUAUGAAUCAUGGCAUCAUUUUACUCAGUUUGGGAAGGAGCUGCGUGAGGUUUUCGAGGCGGAGGGGAUUAAUGAUAAAGUGUGCUGGCUUAAGCCCGGUAAGCCAGUGUCGGUUCUGUAGGAACUCGUGAUUUUUUUGCUCAGAUGGUGUACAUAAUAUGUAAGAGCUUGAGCUAGGGUAAAUGGGAUUGGUGCAGUCUAGAUAUAUACGGCUAAUUGGGUAAUCCCUGUA